AUGGCGGUGAAUUCGAAGAGAAAAGCUCAAUCGCCAAGGCGGGCAAGGCAUGUGACACAAAGGCCACAAGGGCAUGGAGUAGAGAGUGGCAAUGUUCAAACCACAAACCAAGUGUACAACGUGUGUACCAAUUGCAAUGAAAUAGGCCAUACGGCGGAAGUUUGUGUAGUGGGAGUGGUUGAUGAGCAAAUAGAAGAGGUUAAUGCAAUUCAAGGAGGGGGUGGUCGAAAUUUCAACAUGAACUCCAACACAUACCACCCCGGGUUACGAAAUCAUCCUAAUUUCCGCUAUGGGAACGCGACGAACCAAGCUAACCCAAAUUUUCAAGGAGCUCAAGGUAACUUUGCACCUCGCCAGCAAUACAAUCAAGGCAACUAUAGAGGUGGAAACAAUUAUGGGUACCAAGGGAAAUUUCAACAAACGGGUCAAAGUGGUUCGGGUCAACCCUCGUCAAGCGGGAAUGAAGUUAUGGAUAUGCUUCGGGCUAUGCAACAAGAUAUGCAAAAGCGAAAUCAACUUGAUGAAGUUCGAAUGCAAAAGGAUGAAGUUCGUGACAAGAGCAUUCAAUCACUAACAACCCAAAUGGGUCAAUUGGCAACCGAUGUGGCGGAAUUGAAGAAAAGCAAGGGUCAACUUCCUAGUGACACUAAGGUAAAUCCUUCACAUGGUUCGUCACGAGUUUCACCGGUUAAACCUAAAGAAUCAAAUGUUAACAAACCGGUGUUGGGUGAAAACGAGAAAAGUGAAAAAGUUGAGGGUGAACCGAGUCAAGUCCCAUUUCCAUCGGCCUUGCUUGACCCGGGUAGAAAAAAUUUUAUUGCAUCAAGAGGUCCCCACAAAGAAGAAUUAUGGGACAUGUUUAAACAAGUGAAAAUAAAUCUUCCAUUACUUGAUGCAAUAAAACAAGUACCCGCUUAUGCUAAAUUCCUUAAGGAAUUAUGUACACAAAAAAGGCAACAAAAGAAAAAGAUGCCGAAGCGGGUAGACUUGACCGAGCAAGUGAGUGCAGUUUUGAAUGGGGAGCUUCCUCCUAAGCUCCAAGAUCCGGGCACGCCAUUAAUUAACAUUCAAGUGGCUAAUUUUCAAAUGGCGAAGGCGUUACUAGAUCUUGAAGCCGAGGUACAUGCUUCUGCACUACGGGUUGAAGAGGAAAAACAGGAUGCCAUGGCUUUGAAGGAAGGUCGACUGCCAUGGACUCACCAAUUUGAAAGCUUGCCGGUGGAAAUAAAUUCGGGUACUAAACCGUCAUUGGAACAGCCGCCAAGGUUGGAGCUCAAAGACUUGACAAGCCACUUGAAGUAUGCGUUUUUAGGGGAUAAUGAUACAUUGCCGGUCAUUAUUGCCUCUUAUUUAGAGUUGGUGCAAGAGCAAGCGUUGUUGGAAGAUUCUAUAGGCGUUUCAUAA